AUGGGUGCGUGUUUAAGCAAGAAGAAAACUUCAGAAUCAGGCUACAGUGGCUAUAGAUCAGCGCCAGGAAGAGGAGGAGGAGGAGGUGGUGGUGGGGGCGGUAAUGAUUAUAAUAAUUACCAGAGACCCUAUGAACCGGUCGUGCCCAAACCUUCAGCUCCAACAGCAACCCAUCAACACCAAUAUGUACCUCAGAAGCCCCGGUCAGUCCCUUCCCCAGCAGCCCCAAAACCAGCCCAGAGGGUUGAACCGAACACAAUCUUAGGGAAGCCAUUUGAGGAUGUGAAGUCCCACUACUCAAUGGGUAAGGAGUUGGGCAGGGGCCAAUUUGGGGUCACCCACUUGUGCAGGGAGAUCUCCACGGGGAAGGCUUUUGCCUGCAAGUCGAUCUCGAAGAGGAAGCUUGUGAGCAAGAACGAUAAGGAAGAUAUCAGGCGAGAGAUUCAGAUUAUGCAGCACUUGAGUGGCCAGCCCAAUAUAGUUGAGUUCAGGGGGGCUUACGAGGACAGGCAAUCGGUUCAUGUGGUCAUGGAGCUCUGUGCUGGGGGGGAGCUCUUCGAUAGGAUCAUCGCCAAGGGGCAGUACAGUGAGAGGGCGGCUGCCUCUAUUUGCAGGGCAAUCGUUAAUGUUGUUCAUGCUUGUCAUUUCAUGGGAGUGAUGCAUCGAGAUCUUAAGCCCGAGAACUUCCUGCUUUCCAGCAAGGAUGAGAAUGCUGUUCUCAAAGCAACUGAUUUCGGGUUGUCCGUUUUCAUCGAGGAAGGAAAGGUGUACCGGGAUAUAGUCGGGAGUGCUUACUAUGUUGCCCCUGAGGUUUUGCGUCGCAGUUAUGGGAAGGAAGCAGACAUUUGGAGUGCGGGAGUGAUGUUAUACAUUCUUCUCAGUGGAGUUCCUCCAUUUUGGGCUGAAACUGAGAAGGGGAUAUUUGAUGCUAUAUUAAAGGGGGAUAUCGACUUUGAGAGUCAGCCAUGGCCAUCAAUAUCAAGCAGUGCUAAGGACCUUGUCAGGAAGAUGCUGACCAAGGACCCCAAGAAACGAAUUACUUCUACUCAUGUUUUAGAGCACCCAUGGAUUAAGGAAGGUGGAAAUGCAUCAGAUAGGCCUAUUGAUAGCGCGGUUCUCUCGAGGAUGAAACAGUUCCGAGCAAUGAACAAGUUAAAGAAGCUUGCAUUGAAGGUUAUUGCUGAAAAUUUCUCGGAAGAAGACAUUCAAGGUCUGAAGGCGAUGUUUGCAAACAUGGACACAGACAAAAGUGGAACGAUCACGUAUGAGGAGCUGAAGAUAGGACUGGCUCGGCUCGGGUCAAAACUCACAGAGGCCGAAGUCAGGCAACUUAUGGACGCCGCUGAUGUGGAUGGGAAUGGAACUAUUGACUACAUCGAAUUCAUAACUGCUACAAUGCACAGACACAAGCUGGAAAGAGACGAGCAUCUCUACAAAGCCUUCCAGCAUUUUGACAAGGAUAAUAGUGGGUUUAUCACGACAGACGAGAUAGAGAUGGCAAUGAGAGAAUACCAAAUGGGAGACGAAGCCACCAUUAAGGAUAUAAUAGCUGAAGUUGACACGGAUAAUGAUGGUAGGAUUAACUACCAAGAGUUUUGCGCGAUGAUGAGGAGCGGAAACCAGCAACAGGGGAAGCUCUUCUAACGUAGCGAUAUAUGACGAUCCCAUGUUUUCUUUUCACCAGCAUAGUCCUGCUGGAAAAAGGAUAUGUAUAUUAGCUUUUCCUAUUCCAAACGCAAGACCUGUCCCAUACACAUUAGCUUCCAUAACCUGGUUCAAGCCAGAUUUUUGAACUUGCUCCUUCCUCUUUUCCUCCUUUCCUUGUGAAAUACGCAAUGGUUAGGGAAAGCCAAACGAGAUUGAAGUUCAUCUGCAGCUGUAUUUACCGCCCCGAUUGUUGAUGUGUACUUUUCACGCAUUUUGUAUCUACUUUUACACAUUUUGCAAUUUACCGCAGUUAUAUUUUCAA